AUGGCUAUACCGCCGCCGAGUGAGACCGAGUCCCAGGACAAGGUACACUACCCGCUCCAGAGUACUCCCCGGCACCUGGCUGCUUACUACACCCCUUUCCCGGGCUACCGCCACUACAGGAACCUGGCCACCAGCGAGGAGGACUUCCGGCCUCUGGGGCAGUUAGAGGCUGCAGAGUCUGCAUCCCAAGCGAUGGCCCCUUUCAACCCCUUCGGGGUGGCACCUCCCUUGCCCAGCCCUGGUCUGGUUGUACAAAGUGAGCGGCUCUAUAAUCUACCCUGGUACAAGCUGUCGCCGUGGUACCCAAUUCCUCACCUCCUUCCGGAGUUCUCAGGAUUUCUGAGCAGCCCUGAGUACACGCGUGGCAGCCCCAGCAACCAAGAUUUGGCCCUUAUUGGCGACCGAAAGAGCCAGUGGUGGGGACCGGAAAAUUUACUUCCGCAGACUCAGGCGGUUUCUUCCCUGCUACCUGAUGGACUGAAGACCUCCCAGUUAAUAUCGGUCCCUCAAACCUUGGACCAAGAGAGGAAGCUACCUCUUCGCCCUUUCCACUUCACAGAGGAGGAACUGCGUUUUGUUCUAUAUGGGGCCACUCCCAGCCUGGAGCACCCAACCCGCCUGCACCAUGCAAUUUCAGGCAUCUUGGUCCCCACAGACAGUUCUGGAUCCAAUCAUUUUCUUCAAAAUCUAGAUAAAGACUCCCUUCAGCUUCCAGAAGGUCUCUGCCUCUUGCAGACAGCAUUCGGUGAAGUCCAGCACUUUGGUGUGUUCUGCAGCAGUUUCAUUGCCAAAGGAAUGAGGUUUGGACCCUUUCAAGGCAAAGUGGUCAACACCAGCGAAGUCAAGACCCAUAGGGACAAUUCUCGGAUGUGGGAGAUAUUUGAAGAUGGUCACCUGAGCCACUUUAUAGAUGGAAAAGCUUCUGGGAACUGGAUGUCCUAUGUCAACUGUGCACGCUUUCCCAAGGAGCAAAACCUGGUUGCUGUACAGUGUCAAGGCCAGAUAUUUUAUGAGAGCUGCAAAGAGGUCUACCCAAACCAAGAGCUCCUCGUGUGGUAUGGAAGCUGCUAUGAGAAGUUUUUGGACAUUCCCAUGAGCCUCCAGGUCACCGAGCAAGGCAAGCAGCUGUCUGGAUCCUCUGAUGAGUCUGCUGAAGGUUACAGAUGUGAGCGGUGUGGAAAGGUGUUUACCUACAAAUAUUACCGAGAUAAGCAUCUCAAGUACACUCCCUGUGUGGACAGGGGAGAUAGGAAAUUUCCUUGCUCUCUCUGCCAACGCUCCUUUGAGAAGCGGGACCGGCUCCGGAUUCACAUUCUUCAUGUCCAUGAGAAGCACAGGCCCUACCUGUGUUCUAUGUGUGGGAAAUGCUUCUCUCAGUCUUCAAGCCUGAACAAGCAUAUGCGGGUCCACUCGGGAGACAGGCCGUACCAGUGUGUGUACUGUACAAAGAAGUUCACUGCCUCCAGCAUACUCCGCACACACAUCAGACAGCACUCUGGGGAGAAGCCCUUCAAGUGCAAGCACUGUGGUAAGCCUUUUGCAUCCCAUGCUGCCCAUGACAGCCAUGUCCGGCGUUCACACAAGGAAGAUGAAAGUGGCUCCUGCAACAUCUGUGGGAAAAGCUUCCUAGAUCGAGAAUCUUUCUAUUCCCACAUGAAGCUUCACAAAGAUCGCUAG